AUGUCUUUUACCUCGAAGUCAAACCUUACUCUCCACCAAAGAACACACACAGGAAAGAAACCUUAUGAAUGUAACCUGUGUGGACAGUCUUUCACCUGGAAGUCAAACCUCACUAUCCACCAGAGAACACACACAGCAAAGAAUCUUUAUGAAUGUAACGUGUGUGGAAAGUCUUUUGCCAAGAAGGCAUGCCUUACUAUCCACGAGAGAACACGUAUUAGAGAGAAACCUUAUGAAUGUAACAUUUGUAGAAAAUCUUUCACCUGCAAGUCAUAUCUUACUGACCACCACAGAACACACACAGGAGAGAAACCUUAUGAAUGUAAUAUGUGUGGAAAGUCUUUCACCCAUUCUCACCUUACUAUCCACCGGAGAACACACACAGGAAAGAAACCUUAUGAAUGUAACAUGUGUGGAAAGUCUUUCACCCAGAAGUCAACACUCACUGUCCAUCAGAGAAGACACACAGGAAAGAAACCUUAUGAAUGUAACAUGUGUGGAAAGUCUUUCACCCAGAAGUCACCACUUACUGCCCACCAGAGAAGACACACAGAAUAUAAUCUGAAUUUAAAAGAGGACAUUGUAACUGGCCUCUCAUGA